UCCCUCUCUUAUUGAAAAGGUCCCCCCAUCUUCUUGAUAUAGUUUGAUACCCACCUCACUUUCUUAUCCUGUUUUUUUGUUAGCAUGAUUUCAUUCCAACUACCACUACUACUAGUCUUACUACCAUAUGUAUGCACCAUUCCCCUGCCUUUUCUUCCAUUAUAAUUGCCCUCAUUCUCAUAAUUCCCUCACUCGAAACCUGUUACGCCUACACAAUUAAAAAGAAGGCUGCAACAAACAACGAUGCCUAAUCUAGCAUUGUGGACGAGGGAGGAAGAGAAAGCCUUUGAGAACGCGAUUGCAAUACAUUCGAUUGAGAAAUCGAACAACGAGGAUUGGGAUAAGAUAGUUUCUUUGGUUCCUACAAAAAGUAUUGAAGAAAUAAAGCAACAUUUUGAAUAUCUUAUUGAAGAUGUGAGUGCAAUUGAAGCAGGGAAAGUACCACUUCCUAAAUAUAUAAGUGAAGAAACUACUACUACUAAUACUAAUACUAAUACUACAUUAUUAUCAACUUCUACUAAAGAUGAUCAUCACCCUCCUUUUUCUAAGGACCAAAGAGGAAACUCUAAUCAAGGUAAUGGGUAUUCAGCUUUCGGUCCGUCCGCAAUUGGGAGUAGCACAAAAGCUAGCUCAAAGUUAGACCAAGAGCGAAAGAAAGGCAUCCCUUGGACUGAAGAAGAGCACAGGUUAUUUUUGCUGGGACUGGAUAAAUUCGGGAAAGGCGAUUGGAGGAGCAUAUCUAGAAACUUUGUGAUAACAAGAACACCAACACAAGUAGCUAGUCAUGCCCAGAAAUAUUUUAUAAGGCUGAACUCGAUGAAUAGGGAUAGAAGAAGAUCUAGCAUUCAUGACAUUACAAGUGUAAAUGGAGGAGGACUAUCACCAAAUCAAGCACCAAUUACAGGGCAACAAAAUAGUAAUCCUGCUACUCCAGCAGUCGGAACAGCAGCGGCAGCAUCAAAUAAGCAUAGGGCUCCGCCGAAUGUAAAUAUGGCAGCUGCAGGUAUGGGAAUGUACGGCACACAGAUGGGACACCCAGUAAGUGCAGCACCAAUGCCACCUACAGCUCAUCAUAUGGCGUCUGCUGUUGGGACUCCUGUUAUGCUUCCUCCUCCUGGUCACCCUCAUCAUCUUCCCCAUCACCAUCCUCCUCAUUACGCAGUUCCUGUCGCUUAUCCUGUACCACCUCCCCCGAUGCAUCGAUAAUAAACAUAUGCAGAUGAUCAGACCCGAGCACAUCCAUGAAAGACCUUGAUGCGUGAUCGUUCAGGAAUCCAAACUGUGUUGACCGGCAUCUCCUUCAUGGACUUGACAACGUUGGUACAACAACCCUUGUGUUCAUUUUUGGUGUUAUGGUUGUUGCAUCCUACUCAUACAGCCAUCCUCUUCUUCCCUUUCUCCACAUCUUGGAGCAAUUUGGAGGAGAACGAGGUUCUUUAAAUGAUAAUUGGUUACUACCCUUUUACCAUUACAUAAAUUUAGACCAGUAGUGUUCAUUUCCUUUUUCAUGUAAUUCGAAAACUUUUAUGUUAUUCUUGAUCUUGUGAUGAAGAUUUCACCUGUGGCAAUGAUCAAUGAUUCCUUCAA